AUGGCCUCAACUCUCAGCAAACAGUCCCAAGUUCUCAUCGUUGGUGGCGGAACAUGGGGAUGCUCAACUGCCCUCCAUCUCGCUCGUCGAGGCUACACCAACGUCACCGUCCUCGACGUUAACCACAUCCCAUCACCAAUAUCAGCUGGUCAUGAUGUAAACAAGCUUGCAGGCGGGCUAAGCACUUCUGAUAGCAAAGGCGAUGACGAAGACUCCAUCUGGAAAGCACUUAGCUACGCCGCGGCUCAAGGCUGGCUCCAUGACCCCGUCUUCCAACCUUUCUGCCACAACACAGGGUCUGUCAUCGCUGGCUCAACACCAAAGUCUAUCAAGCAGGUCGUAGAAGAUGAGAUCGGUGACGACAUUGACCAGUAUACACCUCUCAACACAGCAGAAGAUUUCAGAAAGACCAUGCCGGAGGGUAUCCUGACAGGUGACUUUCCAGGCUGGAAGGGCUUUUACAAGCCAAAAGGUUCUGGCUGGGUUCAUGCUCGAAAAGCCAUGAAGGCCGCUUUUGAAGAGGGUAAGAGACUUGGAGUCAAGUUCAUCACUGGCUCCCCGGAGGGAAAAGUCGAAAGUCUGCUUUUUGAAGAUGGUGAUGUUCGAGGUGCCAAGACAGCAGAUGGUAAGGAGCACAGAGCUGAUCGAACAAUUCUGUCGGCUGGUGCUUCAGCAGAGUUCUUCCUCGAUUUUGAGAACCAGAUCCGCCCUACCGCAUGGACAUUGGGCCAUAUCCAGAUGACACCAGAAGAAACCAAGCUAUACAAGAAUCUGCCACCUCUGUUCAACAUCAAUCAAGGCUUCUUCAUGGAACCCGAUGAGGAUCUUCAUCAACUCAAGAUGUGCGAUGAACAUCCCGGCUACUGCAACUGGGUUGAAAAGCCAGGUUCCAAAUAUCCCCAGUCCAUCCCCUUUGCAAAGCACCAAGUACCAAUCGAGGCUGAACGACGCAUGAAGCAGUUUCUUAAAGAUAUCAUGCCCCAACUCGCAGAUAGACCACUUGUUCAUGCUAGAAUCUGCUGGUGCGCUGAUACACAGGAUAGAAUGUUCCUGAUCACGUAUCAUCCUCGACAUCCUUCACUUGUCAUUGCUUCGGGUGAUUGUGGUACAGGAUACAAGCAUAUCACGUCGAUUGGAAAAUUCAUCUCUGAUUGUAUGGAGGGCACAUUGGAGGAACGGUUCGCCAAGUUUUGGAGAUGGCGACCAGAGAAGUUUACGAAGUUCUGGGGUAAAGAUCCCCUGGAUCGCUUUGGAGCUGACGAUAACAUCAUGGAUUUGCCCAAGGGUAAUGUAGAGGGAUGGACAAAUAUCAAGAAUGAUAACUAA